UCAUUUUAAACUUGAGAAAAAUAAUAAUUAAUAAUGGUUUCAAUAUUAGAAGCUAUGCAAAAACCACAUGCAGUGUGUAUCCCAUAUCCAGCACAAGGUCAUAUAAAUCCCAUGCUACAACUAGCCAAACUUCUUCAUUUUAAAGGCUUUCAUAUAACCUUUGUUAACACCGAGUACAACCAUAGUCGUCUUAUCCGAACCUGUGGGCCUUCUUCGGUCGCUAACCGCCCGUCCUUCCGGUUUGAAACCAUACCCGACGGGUUGCCACCGGGUGACAAUGUGGACUCCACUCAAGAUAUCCCGUCUCUUUGUAUUUCGGCCGAAAAGCAUUGUCUUGGCCCGUUUAAGAAAGUUCUCGCCCGUCUCAAUGAGGCGGGCGGGGAUGUACCACCCGUAAGUUGUGUGGUUUCGGAUGGUGUUAUGUUUUUUACAAUUGAUGCGGCUCAAGAGUUAGGCGUUCCUAUUGUGUUGCUUUGGACUGCUAGUGCUUGUGGUUUCUUGGGUUAUGCUCAAUACCAAAAGAUUGUGGAGUUGGGCCUUGUCCCUUUUAAAGCAUAUUGUUGGUGAUCAUGAUCAGCCUACACAGCCAACAACCACACCAGUGCAAGUGCAGCAUAACAAGGCAGGUCUAGCAUACACAGGAAUGCAGCUCUUGUAACUGAUUCUGUUACUUGUCAGCUAGUUUGUCUGUUUGUGACAACUAGGAUAUUUAUGAUUGGCUAGUUGUUUUAUUUCCUGUAAUAUGAUUGGUUGGUACAGCUGUGUACUAGCUUACUAUAUAUAUUAGGAGUAAGCCUCAAUCAAUGAUUAUCACAGAAUAUUUCCUAAAAGCUGUAAUAAGAAAACUUCUCUUUAAUACAAGCUUCUGUGCAGCUCCGUUUAUGGCUGCUUAAGUUUA